AUGGUUGCGCAUAUGUUCCCACGGUUUUCAGCUAUAGUUCAAAUGAUCCAGAGGGGGCUUGUUAUCUACAUAUGCUUCUUCAAAGGUGCUGAUGAGGAUCUUGUUCCAAAAAUUGUCAAUAUGUUGUUGAGUGUAAAAUUAAGUGAAAAUGAAAGCGGCGAGUACGUUUCAGUUCUUGAUUUACCAGGCGACGUGCUAAUCAUACCACAAGCUACCCUAGGUGGUAAACUGAAGGGAAAGAAGAUGCAGUACCAUGCAAACAUUGAGAAAGAAAAAGGGCUGGAACUUUAUUCUCAGUUUGUGACUUUGUGUGAAAAAGAACUGUCUGCCAGCACCAAAUGUGCAGAGGCAGGUGUUCUCGUCAAGCACGGCACAUAUGGAAACAGGCAGGUGUUAAAACUGGAUACAAAUGGGCCUUACACUCAUCUGAUUGAAUUCUGAAAGAAAUAAAUAAUAUC